AAUUAAACGAAUGUUGAGUGCUAAAUGGGCGGAGGGGAUUAAAAGUAAAGAUGAGCAGGCAGUUAAUGACAGUAAGUCAUUCCUGAAGUUAAUGAAGUUUGAAUGGUCCACCAAAGUUACAAAACUAGCAAUAGUCACACUUCAGAUUCGUAGCUUCAACAAGGAAAAAUGUCUCCCUGAGCCAGAGGACAUUAUUAAGAUUCAAGAAAAGAUUCGUAAUGACAUCAAAAACUUUGAUGAAAAGGACACAACACCACAGAACUUCAGAUUUGCUGCAGAAGUCUCUCAGGCUAGAUUGUUGCUGUAUAACAAACGUCGAUCUGGUGAAAUAGAGGGCAUCAGGGUUAAAGACUAUGUAAGAAGGCAGCAAAGUGUUACAAAUGUGGAGAGGUCAAUGAGAGCAGAACUCUCAGCACUAGAACAAAAACUACUGGAAUCUCAAGAUCAGAUAGAAGUUCGUGGCAAGGCAGCCAAACGAAGGAACUACAAGUAUUUUUCUCCGUUUCGAUUUAUUCGACGUGCGCGAGGGGCCUUCUAA